AUGGGGGAGCGGAGAUGCCCGCAACAGCCACGCCCCCUCCCGGCCAGCCGCCGCCCCUACACCUCCCCCCAGGUCGCCUCCCUCGCGGGUCCCCGCCCCCCACCCCUGGCCCUACUCCUGAGCAGGCAGCUGGAAGUCGCGGGAGAGACAGGGCUGGAUACCUCUCUGACGGGUCGGCUGCCCCGGGCCCUCAUCAGGACCACGCAUGCGGUGCCUAGGAUUGAGGCUGACCAGCCCGUGUGCCCUGAAACCCCUGGGAAGCGUCUUGCGGAGCCUCCUGUGGGACUGGCCCUAGGAAAGGGGAUCCCAAGAGAAGACAUCUGUGCCCACUCUGGCCACGGGAAAACACCCCACGGCCACGGCUAUGGCAGGUCAGAGACGGGAGCCUUCUUCCAUUCCCCCUGCUGCAUCCCCCGGGGAGACCUGAGUCAGAGAGCUUUCUGUCUGCUUAAAGAAGCCAAAAGGAUCCUGUGGGUCCUGGGAGAGAUUCUGCCCCAGUGGCUGGUAGGGAGGAUUCUCGGAGUCUUUGGUGGUGCGGUUCUUGUGACAGGGAUGCUGCUGACUCCAUUCACAAAAGCAGGCAUCUUGAAGCUGCUACUGACCUCCCUCCUCCUGUCCCAAGGUUCCAUGAAAUUUCACAAGAAAAUCGGGGAGACUUGCAGGACACACUUAGAAUGCUUCAGCGAGUGCUGCGUCCGUAAUGAGAAGAUGCAGAAAGUUUGCACCAGGAGGACGUUCUUCAUGCAGUGCAAUACCUGGAAGAAGCCUAAUGGAUAUUCCUGCUAUGACCACUCUGAGUGCCAGAGCAACUGUUGCGUUCCCAACAGCUCUAGAACCCAGACAUUUUGUACCCCAACGACAGUUUUCCGGCAGUGUAUACCCUGGAGAAAGAUGGAAGGAGAGCUCUGCUCUAGUCAUAAAGAAUGCCAAAGUCAAUGCUGCCUCAGCAGAUAUGAAGAUGUUUUCCGUUGCAUCCCAAAGACAGGACUGCUCACAAAAUGUUUUUAUCUGAUGGAGGAAAACUUUGAAGUUGAUGAUGAAGUAGGAUCAAUAAAUAACCAAGAAAAUCAGCCAGGAGGAUUGCCAGUGUCCACAGGACAGCAGGGAUAGCAACUAAGAGACUGGGAGCCUGCACUGAGUGGACUUUUCUCCAUUGACUGUGAAGCCAAGUAGCUGAGAGACAUCUUUCUUGUUCCUGUUCAUCCCACCCCAUGCAUCCAGAUGGACAUUUGGACCUGUUUCCUUUAUGUCUGUCUCACUGUUGCAGUCGUAUUUUUGCUAAGCUCAAAUCAUUCAAACAAAAAAUUCAUUCUCCUUUGUCUUGCUUAAAUAUGACUUUAACCCCUGGCUGGGUGUGUAAAGGAGGCAAUUCUGAGGA